AUGAUGCAGCGGGAUAUGUGGAACGUAACGUACAUACUGCCCAGGGGGAAUAAGGCGGUUUAUCGGCAAGUGCCACUGCGCAGCAUGGAUGACCUUAUUGACCUCACGCGUGAAGCUGCCAUAACAUCGAUAAAGUCGCACCACAAAAGAAUGUUGCAUUUUUCUGGAACUGAUAAAGCGUGUGUCAUUCCUGGGUUUGUUGUUCAUCAUCUGCCACCAAAAGAACUGAUGCAUCUUGGCUCCAUGCUGCUCACCCCCGAUGCCGAGUGUUGGCAUUCCCUCCUUCAACGACAAGGGGAUGCAGCCCAAAUAACUUUGCAGUUUACGCGACAGGAGAAGCGAAAGGAAGAGAAUGACGCACCAUCCGAUAAGGAUCGUGACUCCAUAUCAACUCCUUCACCUCUGGAAGACAUGAAAACACGGCAACUUUCGGUAUCCCCCGUCGGCAAAACGGUGACGACGGAGGAGGAAGACAGAGAUGUGCCUGUACCUCGUUCACCAGAGACUCAAAAUGCCGUAGAGCCGAAAGUUACUCGCGUGUCCUCUCCUUUGGCGGAACAAAACUCACCGAGCCCCAAACUCCCAACCGUACUGGCGCGUCUGCGGGAACACAUAGGCGUUCGGCCAGACUCAAAAAGCAGUUCGUCACCAUUCGCCCAGAAUAGUUUCACCCUUGAAAGCAGUGCCGCCCCAACAGUACGUGAAUUUGCUCUCAUGUAUGUCUUGAAGUGUUUGAGGGAAAUUUCACGUGGAGGUAGCGCUGGAAAACGGAAUGUGGAAACAUUUUCUUCAACAUUCUUGUCGCGUUCUGACACGGCGUACUUUGCGGCAGCCACCGUGAAGCUUUGGCAAUCGAGGCUUCUGCUUAGCCCUGCGGCCAUGAAUGAAAAGUGGAUUCAUCUCCCUCCACUGCUGCGUGAUGCUCAGCGUGAGUACCUCAAAAACCUCGUGAGCGAGUUGCGGUUGCGGCUCCGUGACGUUGCCCGAUUAGAAAAGAAAGAUCCCUACCAUAUAAAAAGGGGAUCCUCAUCCUUACCGGUAAAAGAAAACCCAUGUGAAGCAUCCUCCUUAUACGUUGGUAAAAAAAUGGGAAAAUUUGGAUCAGGUGAGCCGCUUGUUCUCAUUGAAGAGGUGACGUACUGUUCCUCCAGAAACCCGCCGCCUUUCUCAGUAGGCCACGUCACGAAUGAUGGGCUUCUUGUUUCUCUGCGUGUACCAAAAUACGUCGAUGUACACGAAGAAAUUGUUAUCGUUGGAUCCAUUUACUCCAAAAAUUCUAUUAGAUUGUGUUGGUGGCUUGUAGAAUACGGGACUUACUUGCAGCAACCAGAAAUGGCACAUGAGGAAGCCAAACAAUCCUCUGUUUUGCUCUCACUUGACGAGUUGUACCUCCGGCGUCGCAUUGCAACAUUUCAAAUAACACCCCACACGUUUCUGCUUAUUGUGAAACCUGGAUCACUCUUGUCGUCUCGGCGGUAUCGGUGUGUGUUGGAGGCGUGUGAGGUCCGAACCGGUGAAUUGAAUGUCAGUGAAAUAUGCUUUGAAACGUUUUCCAAGGGGCUGUCAAAAUAA